UCGAGGGUGCGCUGUUCACACAAACACAGUAAAUCGCGCUCGCUCCAGAAUUAAACAGUAAACUGAUAACUGCUGAGUUUAGCUGGAUAUUUGUGAGACGGUGACGUCACACAGCGGUUGAACCUCGUGUUGGAGCUCGGCUCGCGGUGGCGUUGAUGAAGGUGUGUUGGUUCGCUCCGAGGAAAGAUGGCGGCGAGCGGAUCGUGAUCAGAUUAUCAUCGCGCUGCUCUUAAAUCUCCGCUUCUCCGUGAUUAACGGCGUGAGUUCGGUUCGUGACCGCGUGUGUGUGUCGUGAUCUGCGAGGGAUGUCGGACUCUGAGGAGGAGAUCCAGGAGCGGCAGCUGAAGAUCGUGCUGCUGGGAGACGGAGCAUCCGGGAAGACUUCUCUGGCCAUCCGAUUUGCACAAGAGGCUUUUGGGAAACAGUAUAAACAAACAAUAGGACUGGACUUCUUCCUCAAGAGAAUCACCCUGCCAGGAAACCUGAACGUGACGCUGCAGGUGUGGGACAUCGGAGGACAGACGAUUGGAGGAAAGAUGCUCGACAAGUACAUCUACGGAGCACAGGGUGUGCUCCUGGUCUAUGACAUCACUAAUUCUCAGAGCUUUGAGAAUCUUGAAGAUUGGCUGAACAUGGUGAGAAAAGCCAACGAAGAGUCUGACACACAGCCGGCGAUAUCACUGAUCGGGAACAAGAUUGAUCUGGAGCACAUGCGGACAGUGAAGAUGGAGAAACAUCAGCGAUUCUGUCAGGAAAAUGGACUGGUCAGUCAGUUUGUGUCUGCGAAGACGGGAGACUCUGUGUUUCUGUGUUUCCAGAGGCUGGCAGCUGAGAUUUUAGGCAUAAAGCUGAAUAAGGCUGAGAUGGAGCAGUCACAGCACGUGGUCAAAGCAGACAUCGUGAACUACAGUCAGGAGUCUGUGGCUCGAACCGUCAACCCUCCGCGCAGCUCCAUGUGCAUCAUACAGUGAUCAUCGUCUCCGUCUCGCUCGCGUCUGAUGCAGACGGACUCUGAACUCAUGGUCACACAUUCUGCUUCAUACUGUCCUCCCUCGUUCAUUUGCCAAGUAGACAUGCUGUGUUAUGUACAGUCUUUAAUGUGUGCAAGUACCAGAGCUUCACCCAGUAACAUCUGCUCGAGACAGACGGAUGCCGGGUCAUUCUAGAGCGCUGCGGUGUGUGUAAAUGCUGCUGGAGUUCAUUUAGCUGAGAACGAGCCGAGAUCUCACAUCUGCGGGAGAAUUCGCUCACACUGUGUGUGUGUGUGUGUGUGUGUGUGUGUGUGUGUUAGGAGAGAAAGUACACAACCAGUCAAAUGUUCUUGAACAGUUUGAUUUUUUUUUUUUUUUAAGAAUUCUCUUCUGCUCACCAAGCAUGCAUUUAUUUGCAAAA